AUAGCAAAAAAUAUCCGAGGGUUUGUUACCAACCAACCAGCCCUCCCUCCUUCCUUCAUUGCUCCUCCUGAACCCUAGAUUCUUAUAAUAAUUAUAAUUAUAAAUAAAUUCUAAACAAAUUAUAAUUAUAAUUAAUAUAUCUAUAUCUAUAUAUACACAUCUAUACAUCCAUCCAGUCCUGGAGAUAUAAGUCGACUUCUAAUUAUUAUUCGAUCGAUUCAAAUAAAGGUUUAAGCUCCUAUCAACUAUGGCUGCUGAGGGAGCUACCGAUGCUAUGGGUCCGCGUUAUGCCCCACCUGAUCCUACUUUGCCUGAACCCUGGAAGGGUUUAAUUGAUGGAAGCACGGGUGUAAUGUACUAUUGGAACCCGGAAACUAAUGUCACUCAGUAUGAGAAGCCUGCUGCUGUGGCACCUCCAAUUCCAUCGGGUCCACCUCCUGUACCUUCUGUACCUAAACCCGCAUCUGUACCAAAUACAAGGGUAGAACAGCCUAACGGUAUUCCUGGUCAACAAACACAUCAAAUGUUCUCGUCCCAAGAACAACAAAUGCCGCCUCAACAAGGAAAUAACAUGCCCCAGUCAUACCAGGGUUAUAAUAUGGAGCAACAAGGCUACCAGUAUCCACAUCAACAGAUGCCGUACAUGGGCUAUCAGCCAAACAUGCCUCAACAGAGACCGCCUUCAGAUGUUAAUCUGAAUCCCGUUCAGACGUCACAUAUAGGUGGUCCACCUGGUAAAGCUCCACUAUACGGUGGCCCUCAGUUCAGCAUGCAACAACCUCCUACGUCUUUUGGUCAAAUGCAGCAGGGUGGUAUAGAUUAUCAGCAACAUGGACCAAAGUUCCAGAAUCAAAUGGGUCAACCUUUGAUACACGGUCAGCAGCCAAAUGUUCAAUCAGUUGGAUCAAAAAUGGGAUUUGAAGAUAAUCCACCUGGAAGAGUUGGGAAUGAUCAUUAUUAUAAUGCUAAAAAUGGUGGUCCUGGCCCCAGCCCCGGUAUGGUCCCUCAUCAACCUAAGCUUGCAGCCAUUCCAAUGGCAAGAACCCAGCCGGAGAUGAAAUCUGGCGGUCCUCCACUUCAAAAUGCUUCUUCUAGUCUCCAUGGGGGACCCCCAUCACAUAACAUGUAUGGACAACCUAUGGGUGGCCCACCAUAUAUGAACAAUGCUAUGAUGAGGCCAAAUCCAGCAGUUAUGGCCUCUCCAGAUAAUCUAUCAUCUGUAGACAUGUACCGUCAGAAACAUGAUGUAACAACAACGGGUGAUAAUGUUCCUGCUCCGUUCAUGACAUUUGAGUCUACUGGAUUCCCCCCAGAAUUAUUGAGAGAGAUAUACGCUGCUGGUUUUGCGUCUCCAACACCUAUUCAGGCGCAAACAUGGCCUAUUGCCAUGCAAAACAGAGACAUAGUGGCAAUUGCGAAGACAGGUUCUGGUAAAACAUUAGGAUAUCUGAUUCCAGCUUUCAUGCUGCUCAGAAGCUGUCGCCACAAUCCUCUGAAUGGACCUACAGUAGUUGUUUUAGCUCCCACCAGAGAACUUGCUACACAAAUACAAGAUGAAGCUAUCAAGUUUGGCCGAUCCAUUAGAAUCUCUUGCACAUGUUUGUAUGGUGGCGCACCUAAGGGCCCACAAUUGAAGGAAUUGGAACGAGGGGCGGAUAUUGUUGUAGCUACUCCCGGGCGGCUUAAUGAUAUCCUUGAUAUGAAGAAGAUUGACUUUCGUCAAGUUUCUCUUCUUGUGCUUGAUGAGGCUGAUAGGAUGCUUGAUAUGGGGUUUGAACCUCAAAUAAGGAAGAUUGUCAAUGAAAUACCUCCUCGCAGGCAAACUCUGAUGUUUACUGCGACUUGGCCCAAAGAAGUUAGGAAAAUAGCUGGUGAUCUUCUUGUAAGUCCAGCCCAAGUCAAUAUUGGCAAUUCAGAUGAGCUUGCUGCAAACAAGUCUAUUACACAGUAUGUGGAAGUGGUUCCUCAUUUGGAGAAGCAAAGGCGUGUGGAGCAGAUUCUGAGAUCUGAAGAGCGGGGCUCUAAAAUCAUUAUUUUCUGUUCAACAAAAAAAUUAUGUGAUCAGCUUACACGUAGUAUUGGUCGUAAUUUUGGAGCUGCAGCCAUUCAUGGAGAUAAAUCUCAGGGUGAGAGAGACUGGGUUUUGAAUCAAUUCCGCUCUGGAAAGUCUCCGAUAUUAGUUGCUACAGAUGUUGCUGCACGAGGCCUUGAUGUUAAGGACGUGAGAGUGGUGAUUAACUAUGAUUUUCCAAAUGGUGUGGAGGACUAUGUACAUAGAAUCGGUCGGACCGGGAGGGCAGGGGCUAAAGGGGUUGCUUACACCUUCUUUUCUGAACAGGACUGGAAACAUGCACCUGAUCUAAUUAAAGUUCUUGAGGGAGCCAAUCAGAUUGUACCCAAUGAGGUGCGGGAAAUUGCCACGCGUGGUGGGCCAGGUUUUGGCAAGGACAGGGGGGGAAUAAACCGCUUUGAUUCUGGUGGUAGUGGUGGCCGUUGGGAUUCUGGUGGUGGCCGUGGUAGCAGUAGAGAUGGUGGUUUUAGGGGUCGUGGUAUCGACUCAAGGGAUGGAGUCUUUGGUGGCCGUGGUGGUCCCGGUGGAGUUGACAUGAGAGAUGGAAGAUUUGGUGGACGUGGUGACCCAAGGGACGGUGGUUUUGGUAGUGGCUUUGGGGGAAGAGGUGCUCCAAGGGAUGAAGGUUUUGGAGGUCGUGGUGGCCCCAGGGAUGGUGGUUUUGGUGGUCGUGGAAUGAGAGAUGGCGGUGGCUUUGGUAACCGUGGAGGGAGAGAUGGAAAUUUUGGUGGUCGUGGUGGUCCCAGAGGUGUUGGAUUUGGUGGUCCAGAUGGUGGCUGGGAUAGGAAUGAGAGAUUCAUGGAUUCUCGUGGCGCUGGUCGUGGGCGUGGCCGGGGACGAUUUGAUAACAGAAGAGAUACUGAUCGUAGCAGGGGUAGAAGUUAUAGUCGAAGCCGUAGCCGUAGCCGUAGCCGCAGCCGUAGCUGGAGUCGCAGUAGGAGCCGUAGUUGGUCACGCAGCCGUAGCCCUAGGCGUAGCCGAAGUCGCAGCCGCAGCCGCACUCCUGUAAGGCGUGUGAGGCGCCGUGAGUCCAAAUUUGAUCAGAAAGAAGCUGAUUUGCCUGUAGUUGGUGUCCCCCCUCUAAAAUCUGAACCGGGGAUGUCUCUUAUGUCUCCAGGCAUGCAAAAAGACAUUGCCUUCUCAGGGCCCGACAGUAGUGUCAAUCCAUCUUUGCCGCCUCCGGAAUCUGUCAAUCAAAUUACUGAAUCCUAAACAGUACACGGUAAUUGCGUUUAUUUUUUCAGUUUAUGUUGUGUUCGAAGCUUAAACAUCAUUCAUUUAGAGGUAUGGCUAAGAAAGGUUAAUGUUUGUUUGGAUACAUCUGAGUAUGUUUGCGGUGUCAAUUUUGAUCCUAAAUGCUGAUCAACUGACUGGUUCUUUAUGCA